AUGUUCAAGAGUUCGACUAGAAGAUUUGGCACAACAAUUUACAAUGCCACGAGUCAUACAGUGUUGCCAUUUGGAGCUGAUAUAGCCUUUAUCUGCGUUACGAGCUGCCAUUCGCCGUACAAGACAACAUUGUACGAAACAAGGACAAACUCAUCAUCAGGCAUAGCUACAAAUAACACUUUAAUGUCAGCUUUUGAAUCGUCAUCUAAUGUGAUUCCGUACUAUCUGCAAGGACAUUUAGCUGCUGGCAUAGAACACACAACAGUCUUCGAAAUAGCUCAAAAUAUACGCGUACUUAGCUGGCCUUUUGAUAUAUCUUAUCCUGCAGCUAAACUAAAUAAUCUGUGCGAAUCUACGCCCAAUAUUCUUGGCCUCGAUGGAAUCCGCGAAGUGAUUAAACAUACCAACAAUAUUCUUUCAGGAUUGUAUUCCAAAAAAUACAAUACAAACUCAUUGCCAGACAUAGUUACAAAUGAAGAAUUAAUGCCAGCUUUUAAAUCUUCACCCAGCAAGAAUCCAUACUAUCUUCAAGAACCUUCAGCUGCUAGUGUAGCACCAACAACAGUUUGCGAAACAAAUCCAGAUGCAGGCGGUUUAAGCAUGCCUUUUGGUUCAUCCUAUCCUGGAUCAAAUGUCGUGUGUAAAUCUAUGCCCAAUAUUCUUGGUUUCGAAGGACAAGUCCCCGAAGUGAUUGAAUAUCCCAAUAUUUUUCCUUCAGGAUUGUCUUCCAAACAAUACAAGUCAAACUUAUUACCAGGCAUAAUUACAAGGAAAGCAUUGAUGCCAGCUUUUGAAUCGUCACCCAAUAUGAAUCCUUACUAUCUGCAAGGAAAUUUAGCUGCUAAUAUAAAACCAACAACAGUUCUCGGAACAAAUCCAAAUGUGGACGGAAUUAGCCGGCCGUAUGGUUUAUCCUAUCCAAAAGCUGGAUUAAAUGUCGUGUGCAAAACUACCCCCAAUAUUCUUGGCUCCGAAGGACUAGUCCCCGAAAUGAUUAAACAUCCCAUUAGUUUUCCUUCUGGAUUGUCUUCCAAACAAUACAAGUCAAACUCAUUGCCAGGCAUAGUUACAAAUGAAGAAUUAAUGCCAGCUUUUGAAUCGUCACCCAAUAUGAAUCCUUACUAUCUGCAAGGAAACUUAGCUGCUAAUAUAAAUCCAACAACAGUUCUCGGAACAAAUCCAAAUGUAAAGGGAUUUAGCUGCCCUUAUGGUUUAUCCUAUCCAAAAUCUGGAUCAAAUGUCGUAUGCGAAACUACGCCCAAUAUUCUUGGCUCAGAAGGACUAGUCCCCGAAAUGAUUAAACAUCCCAUUAUUUUUCCUCCUGGAUUGUCUUCCAAACAAUACAAGUCAAACUUAUUGCCAGGCAUUGUUUUAAAUGAAGAAUUAAUGCCAGCUUUUGGGUCGUCACCCAAUAUGAAUCCUUACUAUCUGCAAGGAAAUUUAGCUGCUAAUAUAAAUCCAACAACAUUUCUCGGAACAGAUCCAAAUGUAGACGGAUUUAGCAUGCCUUUUGGUUCAUCCUAUCCUGGAUCAAAUGUCAUGUGCAAAUCUACGCCCAAUAUUCUUCGCCUCGAAGCACUAGUCCCCAAAGUGAUUAAACAUCCCAAAAUUUUGCCUUUAAGAUUAUCUUCCAAACAAAACAAGUCAAACCUAUUACCAGGCAUAAUUACAAGGAAAGCAUUGAUGCCAGCUUUUGGAUCGUCACCCAAUAAGAAUCCAUACUACCUGCAAGAAAUAUCAGCUGCUAAUAUAACACCAACAACAGUUCUCGCAACAAAUCCAAAUGAAGACGGAUUUAGGAUUCCUUAUAGUUUAACCUAUCCUGAGGCUGGAUUAAAUGUCGUGUGCAAAUCUAUGCCCAAUAUUCUUGGUUUCGAAGGACAAGUCCCCGAAGUGAUUGAACAUCCCAACAUUUUUCCUUCAGAAUUGUCUUCCAAACAAUACAAGUCAAACUCAUUGCCAGUCAUAAGUACUAAUGAAGAAUUGAUGCCAGCUUUUGAAUCGUCACCCAAUAUGAAUCCUUACUAUCUGCAAGGAAAUUUAGCUGCUAAUAUAAAAACAACAACAGUUCUCGGAACAAAUCCAAAUGUAGACGGAUUUAGCUGGCCUUAUGGUUUAUCCUAUCCAAAAGCUGGAUCAAAUGACGUGUGCAAAACUACCCCCAAUAUUCUUGGCUCAGAAGGACUAGUCCCCGAAAUGAUUAAACAUCCCAUUAUUUUUUCUUCUGGAUUGUCUUCCAAACAGUACAAGUCAAACUCAUUGCCAGGCAAAGUUACAAAUGAAGAAUUAAUGCCAGCUUUUGAAUCGUCACCCAAUAUGAACCCUUACUAUCUGCAAGGAAAUUUAGCUGCUAAUAUAAAUCCAACAACAGUUCUUGAAACAAAUCCAAAUGUAGACGGAUUUAGCUGGCCUUAUGGUUUAUCCUAUCCAAAAGCUGGAUCAAAUGUCGUAUGCGAAACUACGCCCAAUAUUCUUGGCUCAGAAGGACUAGUCCGCGAAAUGAUUAAACAUCCCAUUAUUUUUCCUCCUGGGUUGUUUUCAAAACAAUACAAGUCAAACUCAUUGCCAGGCAUAGUUAUAAAUGAAGAAUUGAUGCCAGCUUUAGAAUCUUCACCCAGCAAGAAUUCAUAUUAUCUUCAAGGACCUUCAGCUGCUAGUGUAGCACCAACAACAGUUUGCGAAACAAAUCCAAAUGCAGGCGGAUUUAGCAUGCCUUUUGGUUCAUCCUAUCCUGGAUCAAAUGCCAUGUGCAAAUCUACGCCCAAUAUUCUUGGCCUCGAAAGACUAGUCCCCAAAGUGAUUAAACAUCCCAAAAUUUUGCCUUUAGGAUUAUCUUCCAAACAAAACAAGUCAAAGCUAUUACCAGGCAUAAUUACAAGGAAAGCAUUGAUGCCAGCUUUCGAAUCGUCACCCAAUAAGGAUCCGUACUAUCUGCAAGGACUUGCAGCUGCUGGCAUAGUACCGACAACAGCUCGUGAAACAAAUCCAAAUGCAGACAGAUAUAGCAUACCUUUUGUUUCAUCAUAUCCUGAGGCUGAAUCAAAUAUCGUGUGCGAAUCUACGCCCAAUAUUCUUGGCUUCGAAGGACUAGGCCCCGAAAUGAUUAAGCAUCCCAACAUUUUUCCUUCAGGGUUGUAUUCCAAAAAAUACAAGUCAAACUCAUUGCCAGGCAUAGUUUUAAAUGAAGAAUUAAUGCCAGCUUUUGAAUCGUCACCCAAUAUGGAUCCUUACAAUCUGCAAGGAAAUUUAGCUGCUAAUAUAAAUCCAACAAUAUUUCUCGGAACAAAUCCAAAUGUAGACGGAUUUAGCAUGCCUUUUGGUUCAUCCUAUCCUGGAUCAAAUGACAUGUGCAAAUCUACGCCCAAUAUUCUUCGCCUUGAAGGACUAGUCCCCAAAGUGAUUAAACAUCCCAAAAUUUUGCCUUUAGGAUUGUCUACCAAACAAAACAAGUCAAACCUAUUACCAGGCAUAAUUACAAGGAAAGCAUUGAUGCCAGCUUUUGAAUCGUCACCCAAUAAGAAUCCAUACUAUCUGCAAGAAAUAUCAGCUGCUAAUAUAACACCAACAACAGUUCUCGCAACAAAUCCAAAUUUAGACGGAUUUAGGAUGCCUUAUAGUUUAACCUAUCCUGAGGCUGGAUCAAAUGUCGUGUGCAAAUCUAUGCCCAAUAUUCUUGGUUUCGAAGGACAAGUCCCCGAAGUGAUUGAACAUCCCAACAUUUUUCCUUCAGGAUUGUCUUCCAAACAAUACAAUUCAAACUCAUUGCCAGGCAUGGUUACAAAUGACCAAUUGAUACCAGCUUUUGAAUCGUCACCUAAUAUGAAUCCUUACUAUUUGCAAGGAAAUUUAGCUGCUAAUAUAAAACCAACAACAGUUCUCGGAACAAAUCCAAAUAUAGACGGAUUUAGCUGGCCUUUUGGUUUAUCCUAUCCAAAAGCUGGAUCAAAUGUCGUAUGCAAAACUACGCCCAAUAUUCUUGGCUCAGAAGGACUAGUCCCCGAAAUGAUUAAACAUCCCAUUAUUUGUCCUUCUGGAUUGUCUUCCAAACAAUAUAAGUCAAACUCAUUGCCAGGCAUAGUUACAAAUAAAGAAUUGAUGCCAGCUUUUGAAUCUUUACCAAGCAAGAAUCCAUACUAUCUUCAAUGGCCUUCAGCUACUGUCGUAACACCAACAACAGUUUGCGAAACAAAUCCAAAUGCAGGCGGAUUUGGCAUGCCUUAUGGUUUAUCCUUUCCAAAAGCUGGAUCAAAUGUCAUGUGCAAAUCUACGCCCAAUAUUCUUGGCCUCGAAGGACUAGUCCCCAAAAUGAUUAAACAUCCCAAAAUUUUGCCUGUAGGAUUGUCUUCCAAACAAUACAAGUCAAACCUAUUACCAGGCAUAAUUACAAGGAAAGCAUUGAUGCCAGCUUUUGAAUCGUCACCCAAUAAGAAUCCAUACUAUCUACAAGAAAUAUCAGCUGCUAAUAUAAAACCAACAACAGUUCUCGGAACAAAUCCAAAUAUAGACGGAUUUAGCUGGCCUUUUGGUUUAUCCUAUCCAAAAGCUGGAUCAAAUGUCGUAUGCGAAACUACGCCUAAUAUUCUUGGCUCAGAAGGACUAGUCCCCGAAAUGAUUAAACAUCCCAUUAUUUUUCCUUCUGGGUUGUCUUCCAAACAAUACAAGUCAAACUCAUUGCCAGGCAUAGUUAUAAAUGAAGAUUUGAUGCCAGCUUUUGAAUCUUCGCCCAGCAAGAAUUCAUACUAUCUUCAAGGACCUUCAGCUGCUAGUGUAGCACCAAAAACAGUUUGCGAAACAUAUCCAAAUGCAGACAGAUUUAGCAUGCCUUUUGGUUCAUCCUAUCCUGGAUCAAAUGUCAUGUGCGUAUCUACGCCCAAUAUUCUUGGCCUCGAAGGACUAGUCCCCAAAGUGAUUAAACAUCCCAAAAUUUUGCCUUUAGGAUUGUCUUCCAAACAAAUCAAGUCAAUCCUAUUACCAGGCAUAAUUACAAGUAAAGCAUUGAUGCCAGCUUUUGAUUCGUCACCCAAUAAGAAUCCAUACUAUCAGCAAGAAAUAUCAGCUGCUAAUAUAACACCAACAACAGUUCUCGCAUCAAAUCCAAAUGUAGACGGAUUUAGGAUGCCUUAUUGUUUAAUCUAUCCUGAGGCUAGAUCAAAUUUCGUGUGCAAAUCUACGCCCGAUAUUCUUGGUUUCGAAGGACAAGUCCCCGAAGUGAUUGAACAUCCCAACAUUUUUCCUUUAGGAUUAUCUUCCAAACAAAACAAGUCAAAGCUAUUACCAGGCAUAAUUACAAGGAAAGCAUUGAUGCCAGCUUUCGAAUCGUCACCAAAUAAGGAUCCUUACUAUCUGCAAGGACUUGUAGCUGCUGGCAUAGUACCGACAACAGCUUGUGAAACAAAUCCAAAUGCAGACGGAUAUAGCAUAUCUUUUGGUUUAUCCUAUCCUGAGGCUGAAUAA